UCUUGAUUUUUGUUGUGUUUUCAAAUCAGCACCCAUCCGAAAAUGCUGUCGAUGCUCGUCUCGUCUCGCGCUGCCGUGUCGGUCCGCUCGCUCGGCGCUGUCGCUCGCAUGUACUCUGCCAACGCCGCCGUCGCCCCCGCCGGCCUCCGUUACACCAAGGACCACGAGUGGGUCAGCGUCAAGGAGAGCACUGCCACCCUUGGCAUUACCCAGUACGCCGUCGACUCGCUCGGUGAUGUUACUUUUGUCGAGUUCCCCGAUGUCGGCAAGAAGUUUGCCGCUGGCAAGGCCGUUGGUGUGGUCGAAUCCGUCAAGGCCACCUCAGAUCUGUACACCCCCGUCUCUGGCGAGGUCGUUGAGGUCAACAAGGCCGUCUCGGCCAACUCGUCGCUCGUCAACUCUGCGCCAUACACUGAGGGCUGGCUCGUCAAGAUGCGCCUCAGCGACCCCAAGGAGGUCGAGAAGCUUUUCGAUGAGGCUGCCUACAAGAAGUUCUGCGCCGGCCUGGACCAUUAAAAACAGCCCAUUGUUUCGACCCCGCGAGGAAAUUUGAGUCGUGUCGCGUUUCUCGAUUGCAAUAUACACA